GUGAGAUAAGUUCAAGAUUUUGCUCCUCUUGUUUUUAUUACAAAUUUCUUGAAACUCUAUGAACGAAUCAAAGCCUGACUAGCAUGUGUCCAUGAAACAGCGACGCACAUUUGUCAGUAAGCGGUCAGGGAGAGAAAGCUUUACUGAAUGAAAUAACAUGGAAUAACGAAACAUCCACUUGAAAACUUGAAUCUUGAGUGUGAAGUGUAUAAGUUGGAGUUGCCAGCGUGGCGAUAACUUCCUUUACCAUUACUUACAGUACGUUUUCUUAUAUUGGAUUGUGCACAAGAGGAGUGAGCACCAGCAGCAUGGCGUAUCAUCAAGGUCGCGUUGUUGUAGACGGUCGAGUGUCCUACGCCACCAUGGGGGAGUCAGAAGAGCGCAUUGUGAUGACGCCUCGGGGCAAGACAGCGAACUCCACAACAAUUAUGGUGGAGCGUCGCAAGGUGGUGUCCCAGGAAGGCAACGUGCAUGUGGGGGGUGGCCAGCACUCCGGCAUCAUCAUCAACAAGGAAGCAAGGCCUGAAGACGUGGAGGACACGGCCGCUCACCUGCAGCUGGAGUUCAAGGUGUUCCUGGUCAACGCUCAGACACAGAAGCACACUCAGGAGAGUCGGCAGCUCCGGUUCUGGUUCCUGAGUCACGUUCCAGAGAAGGAGAGGAUGAGGAGUGCCCAGGAGUUCUUCAAGGAGUUAGUUGCACCCCUGGAGUUUCCUAGAGAUUAUGUUGGGUUUAUAAAGAAGAUAAUGAAGAUGAUGCAACACAAGUACAAGAUGAUCAGCAAGGUGGAGGUGGAACUGAAGCAGCUGGAAGAGUCUGACAGUCCCCCCACCAGACCCACAAGGGCAGGCGCCGCUCUUUACACAGUGGGCUGCAGUGAGCCAGAUGCAGUGGAGGACCAGACACCUACACUGAGUGAAGAGAAGAUACUGGAGAUGAUUGAGUCAUCAUAUCCUAACCCAAUCACUGUACAAGAAAUGGCCAAGCGUGCGUCAUCAACAGUGGAGCAGGUGAAGGAGUUCAUUGCCAAGCUGGCUGAGAAGGGACUCAUCAAGGCCAUGACGACUGACUGCUACACUAGAGUGGUCCAGAAUGAAACAGAUGUUAAGGUAGUGAGGCAGAUGCCCACCAUCACUUCCAAGAAGCAGCCCACCAUCGCCAUCAUCACCGCCCACUACUGUGAGAAGCUUGCCGUCGACACCAUGAUUGAGAACCAAGAGACCUUUGUGCGCUACACCACUGUCGGUGGUAGUUAUGGAGAAAGCAACAUCUAUACUCUGGGCAACAUUGGAGCACACAGAGUGGUGUGCACCAAACUUCCCACUGUUGGCCAUGACCGCUCUGCCUCCAUCGCUGCAGGAAACACCACCACCAGACUGCUAGGAACCUUCCAAAAGGUAGAUCAUGUGUUCCUGGUGGGCACAGCAGGUGGAGUGCCGCACUACACAGACUACAAUAAACAUGUCAGGCUUGGAGACGUGGUGGUGGCAACACCACCAGCAGGACAAAAGUUCAUCUACAUGUACUGUGAAGGUUCCAAGAUAUUAGAAAAUGGUUCAUAUGAAUUUGAAACCAAAUCAUGGGGACCGCCUGAUCUCAGCCUGCAAAACAUUGCCUACCAACUACAACAACAGGGAAUAGAGAAGAAUGGCCCCAUGCCCUGGAUUGAGUACAUGGAAGCGGGCAAUACCAAGCUACAGGAGCAAGAGAUGGACUUCUCCCGCCCCAACGAGUCCACCGACAAGCUGUACAUGAGUAUCGGUGGGUCAGACGUCAUUGAAGUGUCUCACCCUCUGCCUCCUGAGGGAAGUGAGAAUGUGAGAGAUCCCACCAAGCCACGUGUCCACCUGGGUGUGGUGGCAGCCGGCCGCUCUGUGGUUGAUAAUGACCAGAUGCGGCAGGACUUUGCCUCCCAGCUGUCAGUGGUGGCAUACGACCAGGAGUUUGAUGCUGUGGUGGAAUCAGUCUAUGGCAAUCGCAAAGACCAGUAUGUGUUCAUCAGAGGAAUUUGUGACUACAAGGACGGGACACGCAACAAGGACUGGCAGCCGUACGCAGCGCUGGUGGCGGCAGCGUUCAUGAAGGCAGUGAUCUGCGGGAUGGAGCCGCCCGCUGAUGACUAGUUUGCUCACUAAGAUAUCCUCUGGUUAUUGUACAGGAUGGUGCACAAGUUGCCUUACACCACUGAUGAACAGGAACCAUCAGCUUAUGUGGAGCAACUUAUGUGUUGUCCUGUAUUAAUGUUAUCAAACAAACAAAUUCUAAUUCUAUAAAUGCCAUAGGUAACACAUUGUUGUAUAUUUUUGAAUCAUAGUUUUUUUUCAUGGUUGAGAUCAGAAUCUCUUGAAUAUUUAUGAUAGUAUAUAUAGAUAAUGUAUACAUAAAACAAAACAAAACUAUCUUAAUCUUGUCAUAUUAUUUUCUUCCAAGAUGGAGUGGAGGAUGCAGUGCACACAGUUUAUAAAUCUCAAAGUUAUUUUCUUAAUUUUCAUCACCAAGCAAGGUGACACAAAGGGGAGGUUAUCCUGUGCUGGUACCUGUGAUGUAGCUUUAGUGUAGCACAGACCACACACUCUUGGCAGCUGUAGGGAGAGUUACUCACAUCUGGUGGUGGAAUGAAUGAUGGAAAGAGAGAGAGAGAGAGAGAGGCUCUUGUGUGACUCCGUUCAUUCAGUGUGUGCAGUGCAUCCCUCACCGCCUGGUUGAAAUAUCAGCUGGAAACACACACACACAUAUCGGAUUUUCCAAGAAUGCCAUGUGUUGUGUAUUGUCCUGUAAACCUUGUUGCUCUUGUGAGAUCUUAUUUUGUCUGUUCAUAAUAUUCCUUUACAAAUUCUGCUCAAGGCUUUCAUGAGCAUUGCAAAUGUUUUAUGCAACACAUUUCACUUUGUUUGUGAUAUAUCACUGUAUUCAUGUUCCUCAGGACACUAGCAGAUACAAAGAGGAGUAAAAGAUAUGCAUAAUACUUGCAUGUAACAUUGACAGAUACAAUAUUGAGGUUGCACAGUGACAGAUGAGCACCUGAGCCUCACUUAGAUGCUGCUGCUUAGCUGUUAUCAUUCCAGUGCAUUUUGUUGUAAUACAUGCUGGCACAGAGCAGCAGCCAUCAUGGUCAGUCUCUUAUGAAUGAAGUCACCCAUACUUGUGAAACAUUGUGGUAAGACUGGUGAAACCUUAAGUUACAACAUUGAUAACAAGAUAAUAUUGUAAUGUUUCAUGCUGUAAGAGGACUUGUAAGGGAUAUUGAAGGAACAGGGUGACAUGAGCAUAUAUGGUGGUAAGAAAGACCGGAUGUGUGAACAAUGGAUUUAACUUUCCAGAAAUAAUGAAAAUGAGAAUGAAUUAAAGACAAACUUUAUGCAAAUGGAAAUCGUCCACAAGGUUAAACUUAUUUUAAAGUACAUAUAGAGAUGGGACAACAAAAGCUCAACUCAUAUCUUAUAUAUUACAAUUAAUUAUAUAUAGGAACUCACUUGCCUGCACAGUGAGGAAGACACACAUUCACAAGGGAACAAACAAUGUAACUUAUGGGACUUUGUGUGACUUAUAAAUGAAGUGCUUCUUUAAUGACAUGUUAAAUAGUUUAUACCAUUAGAUAUGACAUAGUUCCCACAUUUUAAACACAUACAUAAUUUGCUAGAAUCACAACAACUUGUACACUUCAUGGCACAGCUUUACAUUACCUGAAGAAAUAAUACUUUGUGAGAAAUCUUCUAUAAUGUACAGCACAAGAUGAUGUUGGUUCCUUUCCAUGAGGAGACAAACAUUGAGGUCUUCCCAGUGCAAACAGCACCACGUUCACCACAUAGAACAACUGUUUUGAAAAUAGGAGCAUCUUCGUAAUCUGUGUCCAUGAAUCUUCUUGCUUCAAUAUUUUAAAAACAAUAUAAUGCUUGUGGUAGACCUUGUCCAGUAUCCUUGCACCUCUCUCAGCUUGCUCACCACACACACAUGAUAGUCCAGCUGCUGCUAGCAUGAUAUCAAUGCAAGACCAAAUUAAUAUUCUUUAGGUAGAAACUGCAGUGUAUACAUAGCUCCUGUAAUACUCCCUUUGUACUUCUGAGGGCUGACAGUGCAAGGAAGAACGUCACAGUCAUACUCAUAGGUGGAGCACAAACUGCCACUUUUUGUCUCUUAUUGCACAAAGAAAAAUUUACUGGUCUCUUUAUUGCAAGAAUUUUUUUUUUUUUUUUUUUUUUUUUUACAGUACCUAUCAGUUUGUAAGGGAAGAGUAUCUGAGCUAGUCUCAUAUGUGUAAGUUAUAUUAGUGCCUGUAAUCUUAUAGCAUAAUAUUAAUGCUGUGGACAAUGCCUCUCUGAGAGCAGUGACAUCAUAAAAUUAUGCACUUGUUUCAUUUUUUACGAUAGGUUUUAUAAUCAUUCAUGUCUUAUGUAAAACUUUUCUGUUUAGGGUGUUUUUUUUUUAUAUUUUGAAGUUAGAUAUGUCAUGAGUAAGCACCAACAAAAUUUAGUCAUUGUACUCUCAAGUAUGAAUAUAUAUAUUUAAUAUUUCUGUCAGAUUGUAGAAAUGAAAGGUCAUUCGUUGAGUACAUUAGUUAAAGCAUCAGGCUAGAGUAUAUAUCCUUAGUGCACCAAAUUGUUUUCCUGGCUAGUCAAGGCUAUAGGUAAGGCAUGGAGGAGAGUGCAAGAUGGGUGCUACCUUAAUAACGUUAUGUGGUGCGUUUCUCAUACCUUGUGUGCAGCUUAUGUUGGUGAGGGCAGGACAGUUGGCCAUAUUCUGAAACACUUCUGUGCCACACCUGACUUCUUUAAAAGAUUCUAGUUGAAGUUAGAUGGAUUUUUAAGAGUGUUUACAUGGUUAUAGUGACAGAUGAACAAGAUUUCUAUGUUAUCAACAGGAAGAACACUAAUGAGAACCCAACUAAUCAUCUCCAUGUCCUUUGGAAAUAGUCAUAGGGAAAGAGCUAAGUGUUUCAGAGUAUAGGCCAGCCAGUUGCCACUACUUGCCAGGUCCUAUUUUGUCAUACUGAUGCAUUAUAUGUCACUAAUUUGUUUUUUUUCUUAUACUUAAUUUUACUUGACGGUAGACCUAGAUUUAUUUUCUGUACACAACUAUACUUCUCUCUCUCUCUCUCUCUCUCUCUCUCUCUCUCUCUCUCUCUCUCUCUCUCUCUCUCUCUCUCUCAUAGGAACUGUUGUAUAGAUCAGACUUGUUAGCAGUGUGCCAAUAGGAGCCAAAGACAAUCUAUUCAAUAAAGAUAGAACAGA